GCACUUGGUCCGGAAUGGUAAUUAUCUGAGAUGACAGCCCUGACUAAGUCGGGUCGACAAGACAUCAAGAGUGAGAAGCGGCAGGAGAAGUGGAAACCUAGCAUCGCGGGCAGAUGGGUUUGUGCGGAAAGUGGUUCACGAAAAAGUUCCUGGCCUUCUUCCUGUUUGAGUAGUGCGCCAUCAUUGGCACUAUACUCGCAAUCACUAUCCCUCGAGCACUUGGUCUGUCAUUCAACAGCUUCACGUCUCUGUUUGCCGCCGCUGGGAACUACAACGCCUCAAUUGCCACUGAAUUCACUCGAAGUUCGGGAUUCAAUCGCGAAUCUACAAGUCGGCACGAUUUACUUUGGAAAAGAUACCCUCCCCGCCAAGUCAUUGGAAGAUCCAGGUCCCGCUCAACUUGUAUAUUGCAUUGAACAUCUCGGAUCCAACGUGGAAUAUCGGCAUUGUGGUCUGCGUGAUGCUUUCCGUAUACGCAGUGUUUGACUUGCUCAUGCUGGGGAUGUGAGGUCAGGAUAUAUGUAUCACCUUACACCUUAGGCCUAUACUUCGAUUCAGAUAAUAAAAUUGCAUUGCUAGAGCAGCAUAAUGCACCAGAGACUUCAAGAACCAAGAUCUUGGGAAAAAGUGCAAUAAAUAUUGAGACCCGUAGGUCUACCACUCCGGGAAAGCGUGUCAUCCUUGUGCAGGGGCCAUGCUAAUCUUCUCUGUAUCGUUCCAAUUUUUCGUAUGUCACCC